CGUCGUUCCAAACAAUAUCCAAGUCCAGUCCACUGCCAACGUUGCUCCGCAAUUCGACUCUUUUUUGCUCGGCCGUUCCAUUCUUAAUUCACUUUCUUCCUCUUGUCUCAGCCCGAGGAUUUAUGUAUGUCUCAUGCCCCCCAUCUCGUCUCCUCAAUGGGCCCCAUCAUCUAGAGCCUCCGUCCAUCUACUUCAUCUCUGCUCGCUUCCUCCUUCCCCUCCUGCUCGGCCCAUGCCCUCAUGAGCUGUUUUUAUCCUUCCUAUAAAUGGACCACGCCUAGCAGAUGUCCAUGAAUGAAUCUCACUCGGAUAGAGGACUAGGUUUCGCGAUCAGGACUCUGUUCCGCUCCUCACCUUCGCCCUCUCCGACCCCGACUCCCACCCCGCGACACCGAGUGUCCUUCCUCCGUCGAGGACGAAGUAUAUUUUCGAACAGGAACCCUCGCAAUUCGAGUUACUUUUCCACCGGAUCUCCAAUGCACGAUCGCCAGCAAUUCAAUCCGGCCGCGAUGGUGGGCCUUGCUCAAGCGUCUGCGGGCGACAACUUUGACGUCUUCGAAUGGCACCCUCGAUACCAGAGCUGUCAGCGAUACUUCCUGGACCAGGCACAACAUAGCGUUCCUGUCCAAGCACUUUCCGCGUUCCUGAACAUCCGUCUCCCCUUCCAAUGGCAAUCAAAUCCCGUUAUGAACUCCCACGCCGAAUCAUCCUCCGCUAGUGCGCCAUCCGCAUCUUCCCCCGCCUCGACUCUGCCUCCAUCCGUCUCGCUGAUCCCAUACAUUCGCCGCCUCGUGGCCACCGGAAUGGAUUUCCCUGGCGUGCUGCAUGGAUUCUUCGGGGACGACUGGGGCACGGGCAUUGGCCCCCUUCACGAGCAGGAACGGCGCAAUUACCUCUUUGCAGCCAAGAGUGGUGGAUGGGCCGCAGUGAAAAAGGACUACGACAUGCCCCCGCUCGAGACGAUUCCAUUCUUACGCCCGUUACAGGGGCCACUGGAUUCGGAGAUUGAGGCGGCGGAGCGGAGUUGGAGUGAGUGGCUUGCGAUGGAAGACUGGAUGGUCGGGCCGCGAGCGCCUGACGUGCUUCGCGAUUCCUCGUCACAAUUAUCACGACACCAGAGUUCGCGGGGAUGACAGUUAGCAUGAUUUCACUCUUUCCAUUUCUCUAUCUUUCCCGGUACUUUUUGACUACAUUUCUACACCCAACGCUAGACAGGCUGGCGGGAGCACGGAGUUGGUGAGACUCAGCAUGAGACGAUGAUCAUACGAAUUCUUGGAUAUUGAGCGCGAUGAAUUCGCAGUCCCACAUAAUGGUUUCUGAUUUGAAUUAUUGAAGCCGUGGGACUCCUUGCGAGGGUUGUGAAUAUACGACCGGACAGACAUAACGAACGAGAUAAUACUUACCCCUUUUCAUCCAUUAUUCAUAGUGAAGUGCUUCAGGUAGAUAACUACAUG